AUGGGAGGACAGCUUCAGCCUCAGGGAACCAUGCCGUGGUUAAUGAUUGGAGACUUCAAUGACAUUUUUUGUCAAGAAGAAAAACAAGGAGGUAGGCCAUUAUCUCUUCAGAAAGCCCAGGCUUUCCGAUCUAUGCUUAACAACUGUGGUAUAUUAGACUUGGGGUUCGAACAUCAUUGGUUACUUCGCCCGGAAUAUCAAGCAGUAGUGGAAAGGGCAUGGCAAGUUACAGCACAUGGGUCAUCAUGUUUUGUUUUGCAGAAGAAAUUAGCUUCAACAAGAAACUCUCUUUCUCGAUGGAAUCGAGAAACUUUUGGUGCACUCACCCAGCGAAUCAAAGAAUCCGAGAAAGAACUGGAUUAUGCUCAAUAUCUAUGUUCGGUCACUUAUGGAGCACAAAGAAUUGAGGCUGUUGAAAAGAUUUAUCAAGUGUCUACAACAGCUGUGGACCUUUCCCUCUUGUCGUGUGCGUCUCCUAGAAUUUCAACACAACAACAACAACAAUUAGUGUGUCCAGUAACAACGCAAGAAAUCAAACUUGCCUUAGAAGGUAUUGCCUCUGAUAGUGCACCUGGGCCGGAUGGGUUUUCAAGCACCUUUUACAAACAUUCAUGGAACACAGUAGGCCCAACUUUCUGUGAUAUGGUGCAACAAUUUUUCACCACCGGAGCAUUUGAUCACCAGAUUAACCAUACAAAUAUCACGUUGAUUCCCAAAACGGAGGCUCCUUCUGCUCCCACAGAGGAUAGACCCAUCAGUCUAUGUAAUGUCUCUUACAAAGUGAUUGCAAAGAUUUUGGUAAACAGGCUUCGUCCUUUGCUUUAUGUUCUGGUAAGCCCUAUGCAAAGUGCAUUUGUUCCUCACAGGUCAAUUCAAGACAACAUCUCUAUCGCAAAAGAGAUUUUUCACCAUAUUUGCUCGACUAAACUUGGCAAGGCACCGAAAGUGGCACUUAAGAUAGAUGUUCACAAGGCCUAUGAUAGACUCAGCUGGAACUUCAUUCACCGUGCUCUUUUGGCAUUGGGUCUUCCUACUUGGAUUGUGGAUCGUAUCAUGUUUUGUAUAACUUCAGUAACAUAUGCUGUGAAGAUUAAUGGAGCUCUCUAUGGAUUUAUCAAACCCACAUGUGGAAUUCGUCAAGGGGACCCGCUGUCGCCCUAUAUUUUCAUUCUGUGCUCAGAAAUUUUAUCAGCGAACCUUCUAUAUCUUGAGUUGACAAGAUCGUUCAAGGGAGUGAAGAUUUCAAAAAAUGCACCUCCAAUUUCGCACCUGAUGUACGCGGAUGACCUCAUUCUAGCCAGCCAAGCACCCAUUGAGCAAUGUUACAAUCUUCUUAAUGUUCUCAACAAGUACAGUUCCUCGGCAAACCAAUAUUUCAAUCUUACCAAAUCAUCACUAAUUCAUCAUCCUCGACUAUCUCCUGCAACAAUACAACAACUCCAAGCAGUGUUCCAAAUUCCAUUUACAACCACACCGGCUACAUAUCUUGGGGUACCGCUAACGAUGGGAAGGAACUCUUCUACUGCUUACACGACAAUUGUCAACAAAGUGGCCCUAAAGAUGCCAGGAUGGAAGACUCACUCUAUGUCACCAAUGGGGAGAUUGACAAUGAUAAAUACCUCACUGGUAGGAACAACGAACCAUAUCAUGCAGAAUACAAUGCUCCCUGGACAUGUGCACAAAAAACUGGACAAGGAAGGAGGAUUUGGAAUUCGAGCAGCAUCUCCGAUAAACGAGGCCCUCUUUCUUAAGCGAGCAUGGUCCAUACAACAACAUCCUUCGUCAUUAUGGGGUCAACUCUACAAUUCCACCUAUCUGAGGGGUAAGGAUCUCCUCCAUAUGCACCAUGUAAGAGUUUCCAAACCCAUUCCAUCAUGCAGAGCAGUCAACUCUCUACAUCCAAUCCUAAAACAAGGUUUGAAGCACAUUAUAGGAAAUGGAUUAGAUAUACCGUUGUGGAAUCAUGGUUGGAUCCCAAACCAACCACCCUUACCUCACAACCACUUGUCCAACUUCUCUAAAGUUGCAGACCUGAUAGAUCCCAUCACUAAUCAAUGGGAUAAACAAAAAAUUGAGUCCAUAUCGCCUUCACAGUCUGUUACCGACAACAUCUUAAGCAUCCAUCUACCAACACCUGCCUGUCCAGAUAAACUGGUUUGGGGACUCAAUACAGAUGGAAAGUUCACUGUCAAAUCAGCGUACUCGAUGAUAAUUCAAUCGGAGGAAAGCCAACAGCAAGCUACAGUAGAUUCCACAAGAAUCGGUGGAACACUUGUUCUUCCAUUGUCCAGCCUCCAAACAAAUUUGGAAUCAGGUGGCAUAAUUAUACCCUCCUCUAACUGGUUUCAUUUCUUUGUUACAGCAACAAUCAAUGCAGAGGAUUUUAAAGAUGGACAACAACUCCCAACAGCAUAUCACUUGCUUGCUCUGCUUCACUCUUUGGGGCAUUUGGUUGACAAGGAAUCAACAUGUUUUUGA